ACACGCUUUCAUCCACACCCCGCCACAUAGAACCACAAAAAAAAUCAUACCCAGGUAGCAGAUUUGCAAUUCAAACCAACCAAGAAUGCUGGAGCUAAGAUUAGUACAGGGGGGUUUGCUCAAGAAAGUUCUUGAAUCAAUCAAAGACCUCGUGAAUGACGCUAAUUUUGAUUGCUCGGCAUCUGGGUUUUCUCUACAAGCCAUGGAUUCGAGUCACGUGGCGCUCGUGGCGCUGCUUCUCCGGUCAGAGGGGUUUGAGCAUUAUCGAUGUGAUCGGAACAUUUCAAUGGGGAUGAACUUGGGGAAUAUGGCUAAGAUGUUGAGGUGUGCUGGGAAUGAUGACAUUGUUACGAUGAAAGCUGAUGAUGAUGGUGAUGUUAUCACUUUUAUGUUCGAAAGCCCGACUCAAGACAAGAUUUCUGAUUUUGAGAUGAAGCUGAUGGAUAUUGAUAGUGAGCAUCUAGGGAUUCCAGAAUCUGAAUAUGAAGCUAUUGUGAGGAUGCCAUCCGCUGAAUUUGCAAGGAUCUGCAAAGAUCUGAGUACCAUUGGUGAUACUGUUGUGAUAUCCGUGACGAAGGAAGGUGUGAAGUUCUCCACACGAGGUGAUAUUGGGACUGCAAAUAUUGUUUGCAGGCAGAACACUUCUGUGGACAAGCCAGAAGAUGCUACUAUUAUUGAGAUGCAAGAAACAGUCUCACUGACUUUUGCACUGAGGUAUAUGAAUUCUUUUACAAAGGCAACUCCUCUGGCAAAUCAAGUGACCAUCAGCCUAUCAUCUGAACUUCCAGUGGUGGUUGAGUACAAAAUCGCAGAGAUGGGCUACAUCAGAUAUUAUUUGGCUCCAAAAAUUGAAGAGGAGGACGAGGCUGCAAAUUAUGCACAGCCUGCACAAAACUCUGCUGCAGCUGCCACAUCAAACAAUGGAACUAAGAAAAAUGAGGGUAAUAACAAAGUUGAUUCCAAGAAAAGGGUGAUAAAGAGUGAAUUUAUUGAUGACAGUGAGGAUGCAACAGAUGCGCAACCUCAGGCUAAGGCUAAAACAAAAACCGAAGCUGGAGCUGAUGAUGACGUUGAAGUAAUGGACACCAAGCCGAAGACUGAAACUGAUGAUGGCGAUGAAGUAAUGGAAAUUAAGCCAAAGACUGAAAGCAAUGGUGAAGUGGAAGUUAUGGAUAUUGAGUAGUUUUCCAGCUGAACAUUAUCAUUUCUAUUACUAGUAAUUUUCUUAAGUAGUAACUAAAAAAACCUUUUUAGUGAAGCUAAUAGCUAAGUUCUA